UCUGUCCACAUGGACUCUCUUCUCUCUUACUUGUCGUUUCUCUGGCCGUUUCAUAGAUCAGGAUUCGAACAGCUCUCUAUUGACGGCACCUCACUCUCGGAAGAACGCGAGCUGACUAUCGUCCAAGAUGGAGUCAAGACUUCUCUUAUGAUCCUCGAAAACGGGGUUCGCGUCACCACGUCCCUCAAGCGUGGUGUCGAACUCGUUCCGUACUUGCACGUCCUCCAAUCGACAAUCACUGGGUCUCAGCUCAACUUUGCCUACCUGUCUUCCCGAACCCAGUCUCUGCAAUUGCAAAAACUCUCUGGCGACGUGUCUAAUAUCGCGGCCAACUUGAUUCGGGCAUGGACGGCAGAUAUGCACAGCCGCGCUUAUAGAGAUGUUCUGCCUUGUCGCAGGUUUCUCGUCAUGGUGAACCCCCACGGCGGUCAGGGCAAGGCCAAGAACAUCUGGAUGGACAAGGUGCAACCCAUAUUUGCUGCCGCGGGCUGUCACGUCGACCUUCGAUACACGGGCCCUGCCUCGUCACCUGAUAACGCGACCCGUAUCGCACACGAUGUCGGACUGGACGCAUACGAUGCGCUGGUCCCCAUUUCGGGCGACGGCAUCAUCCCGAUUGCAACCAUUCCCGCGGGCAGCGGCAACGCUCUCUCGGUGAACAUUCUGGGCCCGGAAAGGGUUUUAGACGUUUCUUAUGCCGCCAUGAACGCAAUCAAAGGACUGCCGAUACCUCUGGAUAUCUGUUCGGUCUCGCAAGGGGAUACCCGGAUCUUUAGCUUCCUCUCGCAGGCGUUUGGCCUCAUGGCUGAUCUCGACAUGGGCACGGAAUGGAUACGCGCCAGAUGGAUCGGGGGAAUCCGCUUCGUACUGGGAUAUCUCAACGGCGCUAUCACUGGCAAGGUCUACAAUGUUGAAAUCACGCUCAAAAUCGCGGAGAGCGACAAGCAGAAGAUGGUCGACCAGUACAACCACCACCAGCAAACGAUCUCGCCUGCUUUGGAAAGAACGGAUCCAGGCCCGAUGGUUCCGCUGUCCUUUGGGAGCACUGACUCCCCGCUUCCCCUCGGCACCGUCCACGACCGUCUCGAGCAAGCGUUGGAGCCCGGCUGGCACACUUUCCGUGUGCCGGUGCAGCUGAUGUGUGCCGGCAAACUGCCCUGGCUUUCGCGCGACAGCAUGAUGCUCCCGUUGGCCAUGAACGAUGGCCUGAUCGAUCUGAUUGUGGUCCCUGGCCGGUCAGCUUGGGCCAGCAUCAAGAGCGUCGACGGGCAAGAGGAAGGCCGCUUUAUGAGCGACCCUUUGUGUUACUAUUUCAAAGUGGAGGCUUAUCGCUGUACCCCACUCGAGAAGCGAGGUUAUAUCAGUAUCGAUGGAGAGAGCAUCCCUUAUCGGAUGUUCCAGGUCGAGAACCACGCCCGGUUGGCGCGUAUAAUGAGUGUAGAGAAGCGCUGGAUGGCGCUGUCACAUGCGAAAUUGUGAGUAGUAUAGAGCGGAAGGUACUAAUUUUCUAUGGUUUUACAAGGUACAACAUAAACUUGGUUUCUGCCACUUCUUGUUCUUCUUCAACCAGUGCAACUGAACCAGGUUUGCGCUGGCUCGAAUCAGCAGGUAGUCCGCCGAUGGUCUUCCGGAUGAGUUCGGAGUGCUGGUCAAUGGCAGAGAGGAGGUCUGCCCCGGACCCGGACUCGAACUGAUAGAACACCAGCACGUCGUCGGUGGCCUGGAGCCCCGCCUUUUUGCGCAGCUUUUGCACCCGAUUCGUCAGUUCCCGGGCGAGCCAUUCGCCCAUCAACUCAGGAUGGACCUGGAUGUCCAAGCGAACCACCACAUCGUUGUCCGUGUUGGUCGCAAACCGCUUUUCGGCCUCGACUGGAAUGUCCAGGUAGCGCGAAACCGUGAGAUCGCCAGCGACGAGCUCGAUGCCGUCCACGCUGAUCUUGCCGGUGUCGAUGAAGGCCUUGACGGCGGAGCUCGUGACGUCCGGGAGAGCUUUCUUGACACGGUUGAUGUCCUUGCGGAGCUUCCGGCCGAGGACAGUCCAGUCAGCUGCUGCCUUGUAGCGCACACCGGAAGCGACUUCGUCUGAGCUGAAAACGACGUCGCGGACGUUGAGCUCCGACUCGAUGUACUUUUGCAGAGGUCGG